CAGCGCUAGAUAUUCACUAGAAAUGGAGCCUCCACUGUCUCUGCCUCCACCACCACCUAUACCACCAAAUGUUACACCAAAAGUAGUUUCAAUGGGUAAACGUGCUGUAAUGGAGCGUCGUGGUUUUGGUACAAAGGGCCAGAAGAUUCAGCUUGUCACGAAUCACUUCAGGGUGAGCUUGGCAAACACUGAUGGAUGCUUCUUCCAGUACAGUGUUUCCUUAAUGUAUGAAGAUCGAAGCCCUGCUGAAGCAAAGGGUAUUGGAAGGAGAAUUAUGGAUCAAGUGUAUGAAACUUAUAGAUCUGAGCUUGCAGGUAGGUAUUUUGCCUAUGAUGGUGAGAAGACAUUGUUCACGCUUGGUGCAUUACCAAGUAACACAUUGGAGUUUACUGUUGUAUUGGAUGAGGUCACAUCUAAUAGAAACGCCGGAGAUGGAAGCCCAGACGGUAGCCCAGAUAAGGGUGACAGGAAGAGAUCAAAGAGGCAACCUAGGUCCAAGACAUACUUAGUGGUUAUAAGCUAUGCAACAAAAAUCCCAAUGCAAGCCAUUGCGGAUGUGCUUCAUGGGAGGGAGUCUGAAAACUUCCAGGAGGCAGUGAGAGUGUUGGAUGUUAUACUUCGCCAGCAUGCUGCUAAACAGGGCUGCCUUCUUGUUCGCCAAUCUUUUUUCCACAAUGAGCCAAAGAACUUCAUUGACCUACGUGGUGGUGUUUUUGGAUGUCGUGGCUUUCAUUCAAGCUUUCGUGCUACUCAGGGAGGCCUGUCAUUGAACAUGGAUGUUUCAACUACAAUGAUUGUGAGGCCUGGUCCAGUAAUUGAAUUCUUGGUUGCAAAUCAAAAUGUCAGAGAUCAUCGUGAGAUUGAUUGGAUAAGGGCUAAGAAGGUGCUCAAGGGUCUUAGAAUUGUUGCUAGUCCCAGUAAUAGGGAAAGUAAAAUUACUGGCUUGAGUGAUAUGGCUUGUGCAGAGCAAACGUUUCUAUUGAAGCAGAGGAAUGGUAAGGAUGAGAGCAGUGUUGAGAUGACGGUUUAUGAUUAUUUUGUCAAUCACAGACGGAUUCCUUUGAAAAUUUCUGGAAGUUUGCCGUGCAUUAAUAUUGGGAAGCCCAAACGGCCAACAUUCAUUCCUGUAGAGCUUUGCUCCCUGGUUUCACUGCAACGAUACACCAAGUCACUGUCCAAUCUUCAGAGGGCUUCGCUUGUAGAACAAUCUCGACAAAAGCCACCUGAGCGCAUGAGAGUCUUGACUGAUGCACUGAGCCGCAGUGCUUACAAUACUGACCCUCUACUUAGAUCUUCUGGAGUUGCCAUCGGUGAUCAAUUCACUCGAGUAGAAGGCCGUGUUUUGCAAGCACCAAAGUUAACUGCAGGCAAUGGGGAGGAUUUUUUCCCGCGCAAUGGAAAGUGGAAUUUCAAUCAAAAGAAAUUGGCUGAACCUGUCAAAAUUGAGAGAUGGGCUGCUGUGAAUUUUUCUGCUCGCUGUGAUGUGCGCAAACUCUGUAAAGAUCUACACACCUGUGGACAAAAUAAAGGAAUUGUGAUCAAUCCUCCUUUUGAUGUAUUUGAGGAAAAUCAACAAUUUAGGCGUGCCCCUGCUCCAGUGAGAGUGGAGAAGAUGAUAGAGAUGUUGAAAUCAAAACUUCCCAGCCCCCCUCAGUUUCUUCUUUGUAUUCUACCAGAAAGAAAGAAUUCUGAUCUUUAUGGGCCAUGGAAGAAAAGGAAUCUUACUGAACUUGGAGUUAUUACACAGUGCAUUGCACCAACAAGAGUGAAUGAUCAGUAUUUGACAAAUGUGCUACUGAAAAUCAAUGCCAAGCUUGGUGGUAUGAAUUCCUUGCUAGCGGUGGAGUAUACUCCAUCGAUUCCUAUGGUGUCUAAAGUUCCCACACUUAUAAUUGGAAUGGAUGUUUCUCAUGGCUCACCUGGACGUGCAGAUGUGCCCUCAAUUGCUGCGGUAGUGAGCUCCAGAGAAUGGCCGCGUAUUUCUCGUUACAGAGCUGUUGUUCGUACUCAGUCACCAAAACUUGAGAUGAUUGAUUCUCUUCAUAAGAAAGUCUCAGAUACUAAAGAUGAUGGCAUUUUCAGGGAGGCCUUGAUUGACUUCUAUUCCAGUUCCGGGCAGAGGAAACCUGAUCAAAUUAUAAUAUUUAGGGAUGGAGUGAGUGAAUCCCAGUUCAACCAAGUGUUGAAUAUUGAGUUGGAACAGAUCAUUGAGGCAUGUAAAUUUCUUGAUGAAAAUUGGUCUCCUAAGUUCACGAUGAUUGUUGCACAAAAGAAUCACCACACUAAAUUCUUCCAGAGCAAUUCUCCCGAAAAUGUUCCCCCAGGGACUGUUAUCGAUAAUGGGAUCUGUCACCCCAAGAACAAUGACUUCUAUCUGUGUGCACAUGCUGGGAUGAUUGGAACAACACGACCUACACACUACCAAGUUUUGCACGAUGAGGUCGGUUUUUCACCAGAUGCACUGCAAGAACUUGUGCAUUCCUUGUCUUAUGUGUAUCAAAGGAGUACUUCAGCUAUUUCUCUAGUUGCUCCCGUAUGUUAUGCCCACUUGGCCGCUGCUCAGGUUGGGCAGUUCAUGAAGUUUGAUGAUUUCUCAGAGUCAUCCUCUAGCCAUGGAGGAGCCCCAGUCCCUGAAUUGCCUGUCUUACAUGACAGAGUUAAAAGCUCCAUGUUCUUCUGCUGA